AUGGUCCUGAUAGCUAAUAAUGUGGAGCUUGAUCUUAAGAUCAAAAAGUUGAACAAAAGUAGUGAAAAUUGUAAAAAUGAAGUUAGAAGUGUACAUGCUAAGCUUGAAGAUAAACCAAAGGAGGUUAAGGUAAAACUGUUUGAUAUGGAAGCACAGAUAAUGGUCUUAGUGGCUGAUAAUGUUGAGCUUGAAGUGAAGUUAAACGAGGCUGAAAAGAAACUAUCUAAUCUUAAGGAGCAGAUUAUGGUUUUAAUGGCUGACAGUGCAAAACUUAAUCAUGAGCUUCAUAAAUUCAACAAAAGGUUCUCUAAAGGGAAGGGUGAAGCUAGUAAUUUGCAGUUGGAACUUGAAGAUAAGUUGGCCGAAGCUGAUGUGAAGCUGUCUAUGGCUCUUGAAAGAAAUGCUCAACUUGAAAAAGAUCUUGUUCAGGCAAAAAAGAGUUGA